AUGGAGACAGAAACGAUCACGACGAUUUCAAAAGCAUUGGGAUUACCUCGACCGUUUUUAAAUGAACGUAAUCAAGCAUUUACCCAAUUAGAAACAUGGCAAAAGCUUACGACAUUCAUAGCGACACAAGUUGUAAACAUUAAACCAAUAGGUUAUUAUCGCACGCUUGAAAGUAUCACCAUUUAUGUCUUUGAAUGUUCAAUCGAUGACACUAGGAAUUUGAAACGCUCGAGUUGGAAAAUCUAUCGUCGCUAUCGACAAUUUCAAAAGUAUUGUACCUACUCAUUGGACGCAGGAAUUGAUCGGUCUGUACGUGUACCACGUCUGUCUCAAGCUUAUCUUAAGAUUUUGUAUGCUCCACAUUGUAAAGAUCGGCUUGUGGAACUGCAUCAAUGGCUGGAACAAGUUGUAAAGAAGACGCAGCACUAUUGCCAACUAGUGCAACAGAAACAAGAAAGGCAAGAAAAGGAAAAAUUCCAGGCUUUACAGCAGCAACGAGUAGCACAACUUGAGAAAAAAGUUGCGAAGAAAAUGCAGUAUCCUGGUAAUAAUCAUGGCACGAGUGAUGCUACGGGAGAUUUUGUAGCCAUGUCGAGUAUGAGCACAAGCAGGUUGCAAAGAUCGUCGAGAAUGAACUCGACGACCAGUACGAGACGACGGAGUAGUGUGAGUUUAAAGACCAUUGAACAACGAGGAGAUCCAGUGUUGUACAUGUUGCGGACGGACAAGGCAGAGGCACUUCCGGUCAUGAUGCUGAGCUGUUUUUUAUUUGCUGGGGCAAAUUGUCCGUUUCCACAUGUGUUUCCAGGUAUGCCGAGCUUUGCUUUGGCUAUGGAGGAAUUGAAUGUGCAGCUUACACAAGUAGCGCCGGCUGCUUAUCCGUCCAAGCUGCAGAAUUCAUUGACAACAAGAGCAGGUUUGGGAUUGAGAUUGACGCCGAGUCACGAGCAAGAUAGACAGUUCUUGGGAGCAACUGUAGCAGGAUUUCUUCGAGAUCAAGACGAGCUGGAUCCAGCGCUGGUAGAUGUCCGAGUUGGAGCACGAUUAGUCCGAGUUAAUGGCGUCAAUGUUGACGAUGUGCCAUUUGAUCAAGUGCUGAUUCAACUGCGCAGCUUGGGUCUGCCACUACGUCUUCGAUUUGUGUACAAUCCGAAUCUAAAUCACAAAAGAAGCAGCUUGGUAACGCCGCAGAGUAGUGUCAAUGCUACGUCCGCAGCAGAAUUAUCAAGUGGAAGGAAAAAAGUAACGUCUAGUGUCAGCGGAGAAUGUGGCAGUGGGAAUUCAGCAGAAAGCCAAGGCGUCAUUUGCAAACCUUUUUCAAAUCCGAGUCAUCGCAGUUAUAGUGUGGAUGCCCCUCGAUCGCAGCUUGGUCUCUUUGGUUCCGUGUUUGGUGAUUUGUUUAGUGGUGGAAGCGGUUCUGACGCGAACAAAGCUUUGGGUUCAAAUAGCGUGAAUGGUACUGGUAUUGUAAGUGCUACAUGCAAGCAGCGUGGCGAGACAGCUGAUAUGGCGUCGGGAUCGAGUUACCACUCGUUGUUGAAAGGUAGCGGAUCCGCUCUCUUUUCAUGGGAUGACAUCAGUGGGGGAUCUCGCGACCUUAUUUUGCGUGGAUUCUUUACCUACUUGCCACCGUCAUUGCUGCGUGAACUUGUUCAAAAGCGACGUGCUGAGUCAAAAGCGAAAGCUUUCUUACCCGAGUAUGACUCAAACGAAAGCGACGACAGCGAUGAAUACGAGUGUAUGGAAAACAAGACGGCAAACCUGGGGCGUAAGGCGCAGGGUGUCUGGAGCACCGCCACUGGUCCAAUUGGUUUGUCAUUUCGGAGCUGCAAACUUUGUGACGUGGAAGCAACGAUACUGGAGAUGCCGCCUGUAUUUUUCUCGUCGAGACGUGAGCAUCAAGGCAGCGAGAAGCGUUUGUGUAAGGGUUUUGUGUUGGUAUCUAUCAACAACGAGAGCACGUUUGGUGCUUCUUUUGCGAUUACAGUCAAACGUUUGCGCUCGGCUUCGCGCCCCACAAGUUUGUGUUUUCGUUGGUACAAGGACUUCAGUCCAUUUGUGGAGACAGAAGUUGCGGUGAGUAAUGGAAGUAGCAUUCCUCGCUCUCCGAGCUUGAUGAAACCACACGAGAUAGGAGCCAAUGCAUUUGUGAACAAUCUGGACUGUGUGGCAGAAGCCCAGAUCGAUUUAAGUCACAGUCUGCAGCUCGCUUUGAUGGAGAAUGCGUCUAUUCGUGAUGAGAUUGGUAUUCUUCAGGAUGCCCACCGCGAGUUGCGACUUUCACAUGAGCGCGCAGCUGAGAGAGAACGUUGUUUACAGACCAAUAUUGAACAAAGCGACGCUGUAAUCACCAAGCUCAAAGAAGAGGUAAAGGUGCAACGCCAAGAGUUAGAGAAAUCGCGUAUACGUACGCAAGAAGCCGAGGCUGAGCUCGCUACAAACAAAAGAGAGUACGAGACCAUGCUGGAAAAAGCACAGGAGAUCGCCAAAGCACGACUUGCUGAGCACGAGGAGCAACUGGUGAAGGAAUCGAAUCGAUCGAUCGAGAACGCUAAGUAUCUAGCAGAACGUCGUGCUCGGAAGAUGCUGGAGGUGGCAGCAAACGAAAGUCAACGCAAGCACGAAGAGUAUCUACAGAAAUUGGCAGAAGAGCACUCAGAGGAGGUGGAAAGUCUCAUGCAGCAAGUAGCUGUGUGGCGUCAUCAGGUGGAAGUGUUGACGGAAGCAGAGAAGCGCAAUUACGCAGCAUUAGUGAGCAACGGUGUAAACCCGUACGGAGAUUACCAGCGUUCUCGCUUCAGUCGUUCAAAUGCCGACUCGCCCUUUGCAGACUUGAGAGGCGCCGGCAUUAGUGACAUUUACCGCAGGCAGGGCAUAGCACAAGACUCAAGUGUCGAUGCUAACGCUGUCAAAUGGCGUGAUGACAGCCCCGGAGAUGAUGAGAACAAGAACAAACCUCACUCUUUUUACAGAACUUCGGACCAUGCGUUGCAUUCGAACAAAGGCACUUUCUGGAACCGAGUGGUGUCUCUACUGGCCACAGAUUGA